CAUACACAAAUCAAUCAAACGCCUCUUAAAAAGCAGGAAGUAGGGAAAAUAUAAUUUGUUUUUUUUUCGCUUUUAUCUAUCAAAGAGCAAAGAAGAAACCUUGCUGCAAGCAUAGUACAGACCAUCUGCUAUAAGAUAUUAAUACUUAAAUUGAAAAACUCAGUGCAGUACAAUGAUGAGUAACUGAUGUAAAUAUCUUCAUGAGUGGAACACAGAGUGACGGGGAGGAACCAGACGAGACUACCCGACUGAUGGCUUCUUCUGCUUUGCAUUCACGUAUGGAGGAAAAUGGAGACGUUUCUGUGGAGACACGGCCUGUAAGCCGCCAUGCACAGCAGAGACCGUCUCGUGAACGUCAGCAGCGGAGUGAAUCUGAGACCGCCGAAGAGGAGGAAGAAGAGACGUUACAAUAUGGUGCCAAGCAUGUGAUCAUGUUAUUCGUACCAGUAACAUUAUGUAUGGCUGUUGUUGUGGCAACUAUCAGCUCUGUCUCAUUUUACACACAGAAAAAUGGAGCAUAUCUCAUAUACACACCAUUCCAUGAUGCAGAUAAACCUGAUACUGACACAGGCACCAAAGUAUGGCAGUCACUUGCUAAUGCUAUGAUCUUACUGGCCGUGGUCAUAGUUAUGACAAUAAUUCUUCUGCUUCUCUAUAAAUACAGGUGUUACAAGGUGAUACAUGGCUGGUUGAUUUUGUCGUCACUUCUACUCCUGUUCCUGUUUGCGUAUCUUUACCUGGGAGUAAUUCUCCAAGCUUACAAUGUGCCUAUGGACUAUAUCACAGUUGCUUUACUCAUGUGGAACUUUGGUGUGCUAGGGAUGAUGUGUAUACACUGGAAGGGGCCACUACUCCUACAGCAAGGAUAUCUUAUAACAAUCUGUGCACUUAUGUCCCUUGUCUUCAUCAAAUAUCUACCAGACUGGACUCUCUGGGUGGUACUGGGAGUCAUGGUGAUAUGGGAUCUUGUAGCAGUGCUUUGUCCCAAAGGACCAUUAAGAAUGUUGGUAGAGACAGCACAAGAAAGAAGGGAACCAAUUUUUCCUGCUCUUAUUUAUUCAUCUACAAUCAUGUGGCAGACAGUGCUCGGUGCUGAUUCAGACCAUCCAGAGGGGGAAGCUAAGAAGAAGAAGAAAAAGAAACAACAAAGGCCGUCUGAAGAUAGUGAUGGAAAGUUGAGAACAACAUUUUACAGUAACCCUGUAUUUGAGAAUUCCCAUGCUGCCAACAGUGAUGCUGGUACUGAUAGUGAUGAUGGUGGUUUUGCAAACAGAGCUCCAAGAACAAGAACGGGAAACAUGUCAGACGCAAGUAUCGACUCCACACAAGCACGAACAGCAUUAAGUGCCCUUGGAAACUGGGAUGGUACAAGGCAGAGAAGGGAAGAAAACAGAGAACAUGAGAGCAGUCCGCAGACAGACAAUGAUGAGGAACAAGAAGAAAGAGGUAUAAAGCUGGGUCUAGGAGAUUUUAUAUUUUAUGGUGUAUUGGUUGGCAAAGCGUCAUCAUAUGGAGAUUGGAACACAACACUUGCUUGUUUUGUUGCUAUUCUUAUUGGUCUGUGUUUUACGUUGCUGCUCCUUGCCAUAUUUAGGAAAGCCUUACCAGCACUGCCGAUUUCAAUUACAUUUGGACUGGUAUUCAAUUUUGCAACAAGUGAAUUAGUUAAACCUUACAUGGACAGGCUAGCUAGUGAACAAGUCUACAUUUGAUCAAGAAUUUUGGAGAACAUAUUUUCAGAGACAUCCUUUAGUUAAGAAUUUUAUUGUUUCCAAAAAAUUGCUUAGUUGGGCCAUCUGUUAGGAAUGGUGUAUAUUUGUAAGGAUUAAACAGGCAGUUGCCAAUUCCACUGAGAAAGUGUAAUUGUCUUUCAAAAAAGGCAUAUAAUAGAAGCAAUGAAAUACAUAGAAAUUUUGUUUUAUUUUUCUUGAUUGAUGAAUUAUUGUGAUAAUCUUCAAGAAUAUUGACAUUUACCAUGAAUGGCAGGUAUCCCUUCUCUUAUUUAUCUGAAACUAUUAAGUACUAGUAGUGACUGGUAUGCUUUCUCUCUGUGAUAAUCUGGAGUCAUGACUUAUGAAAGUGCUCCAGUUUUUCAACACAGAUUGGUGCCCAUUAAACAGGUACACCUGUUACUGUUUCAUUGGAAGCCCUAUACAUAAAAACAUAAAUGCUCUUAAUAUAGUGAAUGGGCUUCACAAGUGGAAAUCCAGAAAAAUGAUGUUUCAACUUUAGUAACUAAAAAAGUUACUUUUUAAGUUCGUUGGUCUAUCAGAGAAGUAGUGAAAUAUUUAAAGCUCUUUGGUUCCUUACUAUCUUUAAAAAACAAACUUGCUUAUUCCAUGCACUGUUUAUCUUUUGUGAAUUCAUUGUGAAUUUAUGCAUUCUGUUUUUAAUAGUUGCCAAUGUAUAGCUUAAGGAAGCACAUGUUUAAAAUUACAUUUGGAUUUUUAAUGUCUCUAAUGUGGACCACAGUUAAUGAGAUUCCUUUAAUAUUAUUUAUAAUUGUCUUUUUCAUGUUUUAUAUGUCAAAACCUUUCAAAUUAACGGAUUGCUUUACUAAUAAAUUCUUAAAUAAAAAUAGAUUUCUGAA